AAGAAUCCCUGAUAGGCACGAAGCGUUAAGAAUUUCUUGUCAUUGAAGGUACCCUCAUUUGUUGCUUGACCCUCAAUCAAAGACCUAUCUUUUCCGUUUUGCUUAGGGCUGCUUCAUCACCAAAGCCCUAAUCCACCACCACCACUCCUUACCACAACAUGGGUCACGAAACUCUCUUACUUCCAGCCCCACCUACCACAGUUAACCCUCCACUCUCUGCUUCUUCUACUGCAGCACCACCUACCUCUCUUGCUCCUGGUUUUAGGUUUCACCCAACUGAUGAAGAACUCGUUAUCUAUUACCUCAAACGCAAGGUUUGUGGAAAACACUUCCGAUUUGAUGCUAUUUCCGAAGUUGACAUAUACAAGAGCGAACCCUGGGACCUAGCAGAUAAAUCAAGGUUGAAGACAAGGGACCAAGAGUGGUAUUUUUUUAGUGCAUUGGACAAGAAGUAUGGAAAUGGUGGCAGAAUGAAUAGGGCUACUAGUCAAGGGUACUGGAAAGCUACUGGAAACGAUCGGCCGGUUAAGCAUGACCUAAGGACUGUGGGGUUGAAGAAAACUUUGGUGUUUCAUAGUGGUCGAGCUCCGGAUGGUAAGAGAACAAAUUGGGUUAUGCAUGAGUACAGGCUUGUUGAUGAAGAGAUGGAGAGGGCUGGGUCUGGGCCCUCUCAGCCUCAGGAUGCAUAUGUCUUGUGUAGAGUAUUUCACAAAAAUAACAUAGGACCUCCAAAUGGGCAACGAUAUGCACCCUUUGUUGAAGAAGAAUGGGAUGAUGGAUUGGCAAUGGUUCCCGGGGCAGCGUCCAUGAAUAACGGCUCUGUUGACCGCAUAUUGCGUCUUGAAGGCAACGGUGGUGUUUCAUGCAGUGAAGGAAGAAAUAAUGUUGCACAGGACUCACAAUCCAACAACAAUAAAGCUCCGCUUGACGUGAACAAGCUACCGAUCGAAACUCAAAAUCUUCUUGCUGUGUGCAAGAGGGAGAGCCAGGCCGAGUAUCCAUCACCAGAAAAAGAUGAUUCAAAGCAUAUGCAUGUGGAUGAGUACCCAUCACCCCAAACCGAUAACCCGAAGCCUUUACCUCAGAUAUACAAAAGGCGAAGACAUAACAUGAACUCCAACCAUUCCAAUGUUUCUGGAGAUUCCUUCCCCAACAGUCAGGAUCCAUGCUCGUCCACAAUAACCACUGCCGCGACAACACUCCCGACAACCGCGGUCACCACCACAACUACCAACACUGCACCGAAAAAACAUUUUCUGUCCGCACUGGUGGAGUUUUCUCUACUGGAAUCACUUGAAUCGAAGGAAAACCAUACCUCGGUUCCGCCAGUGGAUUUUGACAUGGAUAGUCUUGAGACGUCCGUGCCUCCGAGUUGCGCAAAGUACAUCAAACACUUGCAGAGUGAGAAGCAAAAGCUUGGUGUUGAAAAGGAGACUAUGCGGUUCGAGUUGAUGAGUGCUCAAGCCAUGAUCAACAUUCUCCAGUCUCGCGUCGAAAUUAUCAGUAGAGAGAACGAGGAAAUGAAGAGGAUGAUGAGAAAUCCUUAGGAAUUGGGAGUGCUCUCAUUCCUUGUAUGAUGUAUCAGUUAUGUUUAAUUUAAUUUUGCAUAUUUGGUUAUUUUUGUUUUUCUUGAGUAAGAAUUCUAGUUCCUUUCUUUGCCUAAACAUGUCAAUGACAUGCAUCAUUUAAAACUCAUCAUUCUGUAUGUUGUGACUUUCAGUUUCCCAUUGUUGUUGAAAAUGGUCAUCUUUGUCCUUACCUUUUUAUGAAUCAA